GUAAUGCUUCUGUUUCUUGUUCAUCCAGGGGGCCAAUAUGUGUCAAUUGAUGAUCGAAGACGAAGGUCAAAUGCGGCAGCGCUGUUGAGUAAUUGCAGCUGAAUGCAACAAAUUGUGAAGUCCUGUGGCGGCCCAAGCAACCCAACGGCGCUUCCGACGAGCCCCGCCCGAUGCUGCGGCUCUGGGCGGAUGCGAUAGGCAUCACGCAGGACGGCUUGGCCGAGAGAAGCCACCAGGUCUCCCUGAUGGGCAGCAUCUACAAGUCGGCAGAAUACGUCGUGUGGAUUGGUCGAGAACUCGCGGGGGACAACCGGUUCUGGGCCUUUCUCCAGAGCUAUGUGUCUGAGGGGAAUUUCGACAGCCCUGAAUUCAGCAAGGGGACAAAGACGUACCAGGAGAUCCGUCUAGACACAGCUGCCACUGUCAUUUGCGGAGACUCGUUCAUGCCGUGGAAGAGCUUCGUCGAGUCUCUCAAAGCCUUUCACAAGAGCGACCCGUCUCGGGGCCUAUACGACAACUUUAUCUGGGAUAGGAGCCGCCACUAUGAGGACAGCGCCUCUCGGAUCAGACGCGAAGCCUACCUCGAGUCCCUUGGUGCCGUGAAGAUAUCGGGCUCUUGGGUGUCGUUCUCCGAUCUCCACGGGUUUCUCGCCGAGCAAGCCUUCAUGUCCAAGGUCCCCAACGCGACCGACGCUCGCGACAAGAUCUACGCCUUUACCAGCCCGCACCUGACCUCGUCGUCGUACGCCGAGCUCGCGCCCAGCUACACCCUCGACACGCGGAGCACGUUCAUCCGGCUCGUCAGGGCCCACAUCAACAACGAGAACAACCUCGAGUUUCUCAGGUUCGCGCGGGGCGUCGACGCGCCCUUUGACUUGCGGCUGCGCCCGUGGACGAUUAGAAGGGACUGGGCGAGGUGCCGAUUGCUUUCAUCGGGCGCUAUCCUCUGCUGACGCAUGGCGCCAUCAAGCCCUGAUUCCCGUCGUGGAUCUGCGAUUGGCGGAAGGAACGCUCGCUGCCAGAGGUUGCCGCCCCGUGUGGUGAGGUGCGCGAUGAGCAUUAUUUCGACGUGCGGUAGAAGGUGCUGCCGCCGCGGUGUGCACUGC